AUGUCAGGAACGGACAAGAGGAAGCUGUUGGUUAUAGGAAAAAGCACUAAGCCUCGCUGCUUUAAAGGACUUAGGAUGGAGAGUUUACCAGUUGUGUAUCGUGCGAACAGAAAUGCGUGGAUGACCUCUGAACUUUUUAAAGAAUGGCUGAAGGAUUGGGACAGAGAGCUACAACGCCAGUCGAGAAAAGUGCUGCUUCUUCUUGACAAUUGUGCAGCACAUCCUCAUUUAGAUUGCUUGAUGAACGUCCAAUUGGAAUUUCUACCUCCGAGGACCACAGCUUUGGUCCAGCCAAUGGACAUGGGCAUUAUAAAAAAUUUGAAGACUCCUUUAUCGUGCAAGGUUGGUUAA